AUGCUUCACGGUAAUGUAUUGCUUUUCGAUGGGUUUAAUGGGCUUCUUAAAGCCCUUUGGGGUUUAAAAGACUUCAGUUGCAUAAUAAAAGCCUUUUUCUUACUUUUGAGUUUGGUCUCAAACCCUAACUGUGAUCUCCGCCGUCGAACAUCCACCAUUGGUCGUGUUAUCAGAGCUCAAUGUAAGGGAGCUGGCUCCGUCUUCAAAUCUCACACUCACCACCACAAAGUCCCCGCCAAGUUCCAUAGCCUCGACUAUGGCGAGAGAAAUGGAUACCUCAAGGGUGUCAUGACGGAGAUCAUCCACGAUCCUGGCCGUGGUGCGCCGCUUGCUCGCGUUGCCUUCCGUCGCCCUUUCCGUUACAAGAAGCAGAAGGAGCUAUUUGUCGCUGCCAAAGGUAUGUACACCAGACAGUUGUUGUACUGCAGUAAGAAAGCGACACUUGUUGUCGAAAAUGUUCUCCCGCUUAGAGCUAUCCCUGAAGAAGCUGUUGUCUGUAACGCCGAGCAUCAUGUCGGUGAUCGCGGUGUGCUCGCUAGAGCUUCAGGAGAUUACGGUAUGGUUGUUCCAUGGACGGCCUUGAGAUUUUGGGAGGCUUGUGGCACUUUCUAUGUAAAAAAAAAUUUGCGGGCCUAA